CACUAAUACGCCAUGGGAACGAACGCUUCUAGGGUUUUCUUAGUCUCACUGAGGCCUACCUGUAGCCAAAAGAUGAAGCCGAAAGCUCGGAAUCAGUUGCAUAUGUUCCCUCGUUAGAUACUUGAGAGCUUGAAUUGAUAUGGGAAAGUAGCCAAAAAAUAUCCUAAGACAACAUAAAACAUAUUUCUGAUCAUCAAAUUCUUCACUAAUAUCAACACACACUCACAUUUAGAUAUUGCAAUGUUUUGUCCAUGCAACGAAAAGUCAGAUCAUUGAGUAGAAACUACAAUGUUUUCUGAUCAAAUCUUACAUAGUGACAAAGUUAUGACGUUAAGUUUCGAUUUAUUAGUUAUAUUAAUGAUAAUCCAUGUAUUUAUUUGAAGUUAAGUGUUCUUUUUUUCAGUUACAUGCUAUAGUAUUUAAAUAGAAUUGUAUAAACAUAAACAAAAAAAAGAAAUUUCCUAUUAUCUCAGACAUUCUUAGAAGUUUAUAAAUCACAAUGGCAAAACUUUUGAGUAUUAUACUAAUCUAAGAAUCCAAGUUCUAUAUACUUGAAUAGUUCACAAUAAACGAUAGAUUAAUAAAUAAAAUCAUUUCAAUUAUAUAUUAGCAUACAUUAACAAACAACCAUAAUUUUGGUAAAACAAUUGGUAUAAGUUAUGAUCCAACUGAUCAUAAAACUGUUGAAAUGAUUGAACAUGAAUUAAAUAAAAAUGGUCUUCGUGUAUGGACAACAUAUGAUAAUAUGGAUGAUAAUUUUAUUUCAUCAUUUAUAUCAGUUAUGAAUAGUACACAAUAUUUAAUUGUUUGUCUUAGUGAUAUGUAUAGAUUAAAUAAUCGUUGUCGUACAGAACUUCUUUAUGCUACAGCAUCUGAUCAUCAAAUUCUAUCAUGGAAAGUUCAUACGCCAACAAAUAAUCCGGAUAAUGAUGAACAAAUUCGUAUUCAUGCUAUAGAAACAUUAGUUCAACGUAUAAUAACAAACGAUGUUGAAAAUACACAAACAACAUUACCAACAAUAGUUGAUACUGAACAUGUUAAUAUUCAUAUUGAAAAAUGUCCUGUACCUACAAAUUUAAAUAGUCGUCGACGUACAAAAGAAAUAAUAAGUUUAGAAAAUUGGACAAAUACAGAAGUUCUUGAUUGGUGUGAAUUAAUAAAUUUACCUGGUUUUUCAAAAUUACUGACAAAUUUCGAUGGAGAAAGUGUUAUUAGAUUAUAUGAAUUUUGUAAACAAAAUUCAACAGAAACUAUAUCAUUAUUAAAUAAUGAUUUACAUCAUAUAUGUCAACAAGAUCAUAUUCCUGAUAUUCAAAUAUCAGUUCAUGAAUUUAUUCGAUUUCAAAUUGAAGUUGAAAAAUUAUUAUCAAUAACAUCAUUAAGAAAUUCUUCAAUAUCAUUAUCAUCAUCUAAAAUUGAUAUUUAUAAAAAUCGAUUGAAAAUAAAAACUUGUUCAAUUCUUUAG